AUGGAGUUUGUGUCUGGAUACCGGGAUGAGUUCCUUGAUUUCGCUGCCCUCCUCUUUGGCUGGUUCCGCAAGUUCGUGGCAGAGCGCGGGGCCGUGGGGACCAGCCUUGAGGGUUGCUGGCGGCAGCUGGAGGCUCAGAUCAGGAGGCUGCCCCAGGACCGCGCCCUCUGGGUGCUCCACGUCUUGCCCAACCGCAGUGUGGGCAUCAGCCUGGGGCAAGCGGCAGAGCCAGGCCCUGCACCAGGCCUGGGGGCUGCCCGGCUCCUGGGAGACGAGCCCCCACUCCGCCUGCGGGACCUAAGCCCCUAUGUCAGCUUUGUCAGCCUGGAGGAAGGCGAGGAGGAGGAGGAAGAGGAAGAAGAGAAUGGAGAGGAGGAGGGUGCAGGCACCGAGAAAGCAGAAACAGAGGAGGAUGGGGAGCCAGCCCCUACCAGCAGGGAGUCCCCAAAGGAAGCAAACCCCCCAGGGGAGGCCAAGCAGGAGGCAGGAGGUGGCGAGGUUGGCUGCCAAGAGGACAGGGCGGAGGACGAACCAGGGCCUGAGAGGAGGAAGGGACAGAGAAACGCGGCCCCCCUGCACCUUUCCUGCCUCCUACUGGUGACGGAUGAACACGGCACCAUCUUGGGCAUUGACCUGCUGAUGGAUGGAGGGCAGGGGAGUGCAGGCAGGGGCUCAGGGACACAGAACCUGGCUCCUCGGGCCUAUGCUCUCCUCUGCCACAGCAUGGCCUGCCCCAUGGGCUCUGGAGGCCCCCGAAAGCCCCGAAAGCUUACCGUGGGAGACGCCCAGCUGCAUCGGGAGCUGGAGAAUCUGGUCCCAAGGCUGAGAGUGAAGCUAGCCAAGACCCCGAUGCGGACAUGGGGUCCCCGGCCCGGCUUCACCUUUGCCUCCCUUCGGGCUCGAACCUGCCAUGUUUGUCACAGGCAUAGCUUUGAAGUGAAGCUAACCCCCUGCCCCCAGUGUGGCGCUGUCUUGUACUGCGGAGAGGCUUGUCUGCAGGCUGACUGGAAGCGAUGCCCAGAUGAUGUGAGCCACCGAUUUUGGUGCCCAAGGCUUGCAGCCUUCAUGGAGCGGGCCGGAGAACUGGCAACUCUGCCUUUUACCUACACCGCAGGUGCCUGGGAACAGGGUCCUGGGCUUGAAGGCUAA